AUGUGCACGGAUCAUCUGGGCAUCGAAGUCGAUCUCUGGGUGGGCCUGGGGUUGAACGUCUGGCCCUGCCCCUCCCGGCAGAAGCAUGGCACCUUUGCCUCUACGCAUGAGAGCUCCUCGACAGUGGAGCCUGCCCCGGGGCCCAAGUCACAGUCCCUCCGUGCGGAGGCGGUGCAGAGCAACAACGAGGUCUAUGACAAGGUCAUCGAGGUGUUUGCGGACAAGAAACCGAGCGCUUGGCGGAAGCUGAUUGCCUACAGCAAGCAGUGGCGGGGGAUGGCCGACGGCAUCCUGAAGAGGCUCGACAUGCGCGCCGACGCCGCCUCGGCGCGCGACGCGGUGGAGGAGGCAGCGACGCUGCGCAAGCUCUCCCGCCGUCUGCGCGCUGUGCACGAGGAGCUGGAGCAGUACGUGAGCCUGGCGGAGGCCUUCCGGACACAGCCGCCGGGCGAGUGGGAGAGCAUGGUAACCACGCAUCGGCCCACGCUGACCAUGGAGUUCUUCUCGCACCUGGAGCUGAUGUACAUGGCGGCGGGGGCCUGGGAGGACGCGGCGGCGGCCAAGCAGGAGCAGGAGGCGCUCGCCACGCUGUCGACCAACCUGGCGGCCCUGGUCACGGCCCACGACAGCGUGCUGUCUGAUGAGUCAGCGCUGGGCGCGGCGCGCGCCAGCCUGGCGGAGCUCCUCUCCGUCGGCAGCAUGGAGGAGGCCGACGCCAAGAUCGACAGCCUGGCGGCCUCGGGGCGGCUGGACCCCGCCCUCCUCCUCACCCUCGGCCGUGCCUACAACGGCGUCAAGGAGAGCGAAUACACGCGCGAGGAGGUCAAGGACGUGAUGGCCCACCUGUACUUCAAAGCCAAGGAGUCGUUCGCGGCGCAGGCGCCCGUGGAGGUCCGCAUCCUGAAGCAUCUGCUGUCGGUGGACAGCCCCUCGGACCGAGCGGUCCUGCUCGACCAGGCCUUCCAGCCAGGCGCCACCCUGGUGCAGAGCGGGGUGGACAUGCUGAGCACCACCCCCGGCGCACUGCUGAAUGCCAUCGCCAACGUGCUGGCCCUGUUUGACAAGGCCACCCAGGGCGUGCAUGUCGGGGACAGCAACCCCUCCAGUCUGGCCAGCCAGGCGGCGGCCAUGAUGCAGCCGGAGGUGAUCGCGCGCAUGCGCGACCUGGCCGCCCUCAUCCGCAAGAAGUACACGUGA